UGGCGACAAUGCUUGGCGGCCUGCUGCUCCGAGCCGCGCUGCUCCGUGGCGGUGGUGGAGCUGCCCCGGAGGCCCGCAGCCCCGGCUCCUGCGCUCGGCUGCUACCUCUUCAACUGCACCGUGCGCGGCCGCAGCGUCUGCAAGUUCGCGGUGCACCGCGGCUACAGCAGCUACAGCCUCAGCCGCCCCUGGGACGGCGGGAGAGGCGGCCUGGAAGCCGGCGCCCCCGCCCGCGCCUCGCCCCGGCUAGAGAAGGAUGCACCUCCACUUAGCAAAGCAGGGCAGGAUGUGGUUUUGCAUCUGCCGACAGACGGGGUGAUUUUGGACGGCCGAGAGAGCACAGAUGACCAUGCCAUCAUCCAGUAUGAGUGGGCGCUACUGCAGGGUGAUCCAUCAGUGGACAUGAAGGUGCCGCAAUCAGGAACCCUGAAGCUGUCCCACCUCCAGGAAGGAAUGUACACCUUCCAGCUGACUGUGACGGACACAGGCGGGCAGAGAAGUUCUGACAAUGUGUCAGUGACUGUGCUCCCUGCAGCCUACUCCACGGGAGGAUGUCUGCACGUUUGCUCACGCUACCACUUCUUCUGUGACGAUGGCUGCUGUAUUGACAUCACUCUGGCUUGCGAUGGGGUGCGGCAGUGUCCUGAUGGGUCUGAUGAAACCUUCUGCCAGAAUUUGGGACUUGACCGCAAGGUGGUGACCCACAUGGCAAGGAGUUCUGCCCAGCCAAGAACCACGGGUCUGAGUGAAGAUGCAGGGGGAGACUCCUUGUUGGAAAAGCCUCAGAAAGCCACUGUCCCAAACCAGCCACCUGCAUCGUCAAACACAGAGAAGAGGAACCAUUCUACCUUGUGGGGACCAGAGAGUCAAAUCAUUUCUGUGUUGCCAGACAGUAGUUCCUCGGGGAAGAACAGAAAAGAGGAAAAUUAUAUUUUUGAGUCAAAGGGCGAUCGAGGAGGACGGGAACACCCAGCUCCAGAAACAGGUGCAGUUCUGCCCCUGGCACUGGGCUUGGCUAUCACUGCUUUGCUGCUGCUUAUGGUUGCUUGCCGACUACGACUGGUGAAGCAGAAACUUAAGAAAGCUCGUCCCAUUACAUCUGAGGAAUCAGACUACCUCAUAAAUGGGAUGUAUCUAUAGUCAUGUAAUUUAAACAGCUUGGGGCAAGGACAUGUUUCACUUAUAAUUUAUACAUAUAUUAUGUUUUAGAUAUGUAUAACCUCUUUUGUUUUUAAUCGGGCCAGAAGAUUCUGCAAAUCCCAAAACUUUGUCUUUAUUAUUUAUUGUAAAAACGUUUUCCUUGGACAAUUUAGAGAGGAAUUCAUAUGAUUAAAGACUUUUACAAAUUGAA